AUGGGAAGUCGCAGCUCGACCUUUGAAGCUCAAGAGAGAAAUGACAACCAGUGUCCCUUUUCUGAGAAGUGGAAAAAUGAGCUUGGUUCGAUAUUAUCAAUUACAUGCAAGGGAGAAAGCAUCGUAGGUAAAUAUAACAGAGCCGUCGGAAAGGCUGAACACGAUUACCAUCUUGCAGGAAAGUAUGAACUGCUAAAAGGGGAUGACUGCAUGUUGGGAUGGUCUGUAGCUUGGAAAAAUCAAUAUAAAGAUGCAAAGUCUGUCACCAGCUGGACAGGGGUUUAUUAUAAGAAGGAUGACAAAAUCAAGACUCAGUGGGUUCUUGGUGCUUACAAAGAACCUAACGAUUACUGGAACACUUUCAACACCAAUCAGGACGUAUUUAGCAGAGUUAAAUAG